AUUGGGAUCCGUUUAGUGUACAUUAUGAAUUAUUGCUGUAUUAUUGUGGCCGCAGUGCUGUGCGUAUGGCCCACAACUUGCUUGUCUGAUCCACUGUUGGUAAGGCUGCCAUACGGUACGCUGCGUGGACGCGAUCGCGGAAUAUAUUACACGUACGAGUCCGUGCCUUACGCAGAGCCACCCGUAGGCCCUCUGCGCUUCGAGGCACCCAAGCCAUUUGCUGGAAAAUGGAAGGAAACCUUUGAUGCUACAAGGCCGUCGGCGGAGUGCUUGCAGUGGAGCCAUUUUGUCACGACACCUGAUCAAUUGACGGGCAGCGAGGACUGUCUGACAGUAAGCAUAUACAAGCCAAAGAACUCGACUCGCCGCACUUUUCCGGUGGUGGCAAGUAUAUUUGGCGGUGCCUGGUCGUUUGGCGGAACUCUUGAGGACGGAGCUAGGGGAUUCAUGGACAGCGGCAAUGUGAUCGUGGUGAAGAUCAACCAUAGAGUGGGAAUUUUGGGCUUUGCCAACACUGGCGAUGCCGGCUGGUCGGGCAACUAUGCACUGAAAGAUCAGCGUCUGGCAAUCAAAUGGAUAAAGGAGCACAUUGGGUAUUUCGGUGGAGAUCCCAAUAGCAUAUUACUCUUUGGUUUCUCCUCAGGAGCUGGUUCCGUGCAUCUUCAGCUCAUGAACGAGGACAUGAAAGGCAUUUUGAAGGGCGUCUACUCGAUGAGCGGAAACGCAGUGUCGUCCUGGUCUAUGCAGCCAAGUGGUAUUGAGCAGGCGUAUGAAUUGGGUCGAGUUUUAGGUUGCGGCAGUCCCAAUAAUACAGCCGAGCUGAAGAUGUGCCUGCAAGCGGUGGAUGCGAAUGAAUUAGCCAGAUCAUUUAAGCACUUUUUAGUCUAUGACUAUAUUCCAUUUGCUCCAUUUGGACCCACUGUGGAGCCCGAGGACACAGUUGAUCCCUUCAUUACCAAGCUACCCAUUGACAUAAUAAAGAGUGGAAAGUUUGCACAAGUCCCAUGGUUGGCUGGCUACACGCCAGAGGAGGGUAUCUACAAUGCCGCCAUAUUUCUUGCAAAAGAGCCGAAUGGCAAAGAGAGGAUAUAUGAGCUUAACACACGCUGGUACGAAUUGGCGCCCUACUUAUUCUCCUAUCGCAACACAAUGAACCGAAGGGAAAGGGACAGCCACUCUCGAAAGCUAAGGCAACAUUAUAUGGGCAAUCGGAGGUUCAGCAUCGAGAACUAUUGGGACUUCCAGCGCAUGUUUACGAACGAGAUAUUCAAGAACGGCAUCGAGCUGGGCGUAGAUCUGCAGCGAAAGUAUGGAAAGAGUCCAGUUUAUGUGUACAUUUACGACAAUCCAUCUGACCAUUCGUUUGGACAGUUACUGGCAAAGCGCAGCGACGUGUUCCUAGGCACGGCACAUGGCGACGAUUAUUUCCUCAUGAUGAACAAUCCAAUACGCGAGCCGCUGCGACCUGACGAGAAAGUCAUCUCAUGGAAGCUCGUCAAGAUGGUGGAAGGUUUUCUUGAAAGCGGGGACUUUGUCUAUGACAACUGCGCCUUCCCCGACAAUGUGGGCCAAAAGCAAUUCCAGCUGAUGGUCAUUCAACGCACCAGCUGCAAAGUGCGGAAAGUGGAUCGCUUGCCCGAUACUGUCUCCAGCAAUCUCCCACCAAGCCCAGUUGUUGUUUACUAAUGGGAUCAGUUGGACUGGCGGUCAGAAGUUUUCACUGUGGCAAGCUGGCGGUAAG